GAAACUUUGCUGGUUAUAACUGUGGUGACUGCAAGUUUGGCUGGACUGGCCCCAACUGCAACGUGAGGAAGCCACCAGUUGUUAGAAAGGAUGUUCACUCCCUGACGGCAGAGGAGAGGAAGCAGUUCUUUGAUGCUCUAGACCGUGCAAAGACAACCAUUCACCCAGACUACGUAAUUGCAACUCAGCACUGGAGAAGUCUGCUUGGUCCCACUGGAGACAAACCACAAAUAGCCAACUGUAGUAUUUAUAACUAUUUUGUUUGGCUUCAUUACUACUCAGUCAGAGACACGCUAUUAGGACCUGGCCGCCCCUUCACAGGUAUCGAUUUCUCCCAUCAAGGACCUGCCUUUGUUACUUGGCAUAGGUACCAUUUGCUGUUGCUGGAGAGAGACCUGCAGCGACUGACGGGCAAUGACUCCUUCGCGCUGCCCUACUGGAACUUUGCCACGGGUAGGAACGAGUGUGAUGUCUGCACGGACCAGCUCUUUGGAGCAUCGUGGCCGAAUGACCCAGGGCUGAUCAGCCCAAGCUCCAGGUUCUCCCGGUGGCAAAUAGUUUGUAACAGCUUGGAUGACUACAACCGCCUGGUCACACUGUGCAAUGGGAGUAACGAAGGGCCGCUGCGACGGAGGCCGCCUGAGGGCUCUGGCGAGCAGCUGCCCACCGUGGAGGACGUCAGGAGGUGCCUUUCCCUGCAGGAGUUCGACAGCCCUCCCUUUUUCCGCAAUUCCAGCUUCAGUUUCAGGAAUGCACUGGAGGGCUUCAAUAAACCUGGUGGAGCCCUUAGCUCGCCGAUGCUGAGCCUUCACAACUUGGCUCACUCAUUCCUGAACGGGACCAGCGUUCUCCCUCAUGCAGCUGCCAACGAUCCCAUCUUUGUGGUUCUUCACUCCUUCACUGAUGCCAUCUUUGACGAGUGGAUGAAGCGGUUUAACCCCCCUGACAAUGCCUGGCCUGAGGAGCUGGCCCCCAUCGGUCACAACAGGCUGUAUAACAUGGUCCCCUUUUUUCCUCCUGUGACCAACGAUGAGCUCUUCCAAACCGCGGAGCAGCUCGGCUACACCUACGCCAUUGACCUGCCAGGUUCCCUUGGAGAAAACCAAGCGUGGGCUGUCAUGGUUGGAUCCACAAUUGGAGGAGCACUUGUAGCUCUGGCCACGCUUGUUCUGCUGCUUGUACUUUUCCAGCACCGAAGGCAGAGAAGAGGUUUUGAGCCACUGAUGAACGUGAGCUUCAGCCCAAAAAAGUAUAUGCAAGAGGCCUAGUGCCCUUGCUUUGUUUCUAUGCUUGUUCUUGUAGGAAGUGACCUUGAUUGCCUUAUUGAGAUCUUAGCUGCCAAUUUAUCACACACUCCUUCGGCAGCUGACUACCAUGUUCUCAUUCAGGUUUCCCUGUUAUCUUGUGAAUUGUAGUACAUGAAGUCUCUGGGUACAUAUGUGCAAGGCCCAAGGUGGGCCAGAUUUUUCUCAUUACCAAACAGUGUCUGGAACUUGUGACAUUUGUAAGUCAUCCUCUAUAGAUUUAGAUCGACAAAACUAACAAUCUAAAUAGAAGAAAACCAAUGUGAAUAACAAAGGUAAUUUUUCACCUCUGUGUGGUUUUGAUUUCAUUUAGCAGCUCAGAGAUAUGCUCAAAGUUAUUAACUUUACAUAUAUAUUUGACUAACAUUUUACAGUUAUCAAUAAAUACUCUGAAUAAUG